AUGGACGAUACAAAUGAUUAUGAGAAAUCUGACUUGGAUACUCCUGAUGAUGCAGCAUUAUAUCUCGAAUGUAUUCGAUUAGUUGAAGGUGGUCAUGUUCGACGAUUUGAAAAUUCUGCAAAUAAAUUUGAUCUUAUUCGAUAUGAAUUAAAUGAUGGAGUUAGUAAACCACUUUUAUUCUAUGCUAUUGAACAUAAUGAUGAAGCAUUUGUUAAAAUUUUAUUAGACAUGGAAGUACCAUUAGAUAAAAAAUAUUCUGUAAGUUGA